AUGGGGCGAAAGGGCCUGGGCUCCUGGUGGCAUUUGGAGCCCUUUCGCCUUGCCCUCCGCUGCUCGAACCGCCGGGCCGCUGGCGAGGUGAUGAGCGCAGCAGGCACCCUCUUCCGGAAGCCCGAGCUCCGCCCCCUGCACGGCUCCUGGCGUCUCGACCUUCGCGGGACGGAGCGGAUGUCUUUCCCGAUGCAGCUGCCAGAUGGCUACGAGCCCUAUGCGGGGUCGGAGGACUGGGUGCACGAGCUCGUGAACCAUGACCUGCAGCGCAGCCGUCGCAAAAGCGAGCAGUUUGCCCGUGCGCUGCGCGGGUAG